AGGAGAAACCGGGUGGGUUAAGGGUUUUGUGAUUUGAGGGGAAGGGUUUUUCCAAAAUGAUUUGUUUUUAUAAUAGCCGCUGCCUUUCAUCUUCGUAGGGCGAAAAAUCAAAUUUCGCUCUUCUUCUGAAUCUCGAUUUUGUAUCAGCGGUGAGUUAUUCAGAAUCCGAAGUGAACGCCGGGAAUAAUGGCAGCCUUUGUUCCUCCAUCUCCUGCCACGGCGACAACUCCGCCGGCUGCCGGCUUAAGCCCGGCCGCUGCCGAGAAGCCUCAAGUGGAUUACUUAAAUCUCCCUUGCCCUAUCCCGUACGAAGAAAUUCACCGCGAUGCUCUCAUGUCCCUGAAGCCAGAUCUCUUCGAGGGAAUGCGCUUUGACUUUACAAAAGGACUCAAUCAGAAAUUUUCUCUGAGCCAUAGUUUGAUGAUGGGGCCGACAGAGAUUCCAUCUCAGUCAUCGGAAACAAUUAAAAUCCCCACUGCUCAGUAUGAGUUUGGUGCUAACUAUUUGGACCCAAAGUUAGUACUUAUGGGGAGAUUGAUGACAGAUGGGAGAUUAACCGCAAGACUGAAGUGUGAUUUGACUGAAAAUCUGGCUCUGAGGGCUAAUGCUCAACUUACAAAUGAGCCACAUAUGUCACAAGGCAUGUUCAAUUUUGAUUACAAGGGAUCAGACUAUAGGACUCAGUUCCAACUAGGAAAUGGAGGUUUACUCGGCGCAAGUUACAUCCAGUCUACAAAUAUUAUAAGUGUACAACAUUCAUCUCAUAGGCUGAUUAAUAGUUCGACUUACCCAGAAAGUCAGAAAACUGAUGCGUUUCCUGCGAGCGUGACUCCUCAUUUGUCAUUGGGUGGUGAAAUAUUCUGGGCUGGUCAACAUCGGAAAUCUGGCCUUGGUUAUGCAGCUCGUUACAGCACUGACAAGAUGGUUGCAGCCGGACAAAUUGCCAGUACUGGUAUGGUUGCUUUAAGCUAUGUUCAGAAAGUAUCUGAAAAGGUUUCUCUAGCAUCAGACUUCAUGUACAAUGCUAUGUCAAGGGAUGUCACAGCCAGCUUUGGAUAUGAUUAUAUACUACGCCAGUGUCGUUUAAGAGGAAAGAUAGAUUCUAACGGUGUCGUGGCUGCUUUCCUGGAGGAGCGUUUUAAUAUGGGCCUUAAUUUUAUCCUUUCGGCUGAGAUUGAUCACAAGAAGAAGGAUUACAAGUUUGGAUUUGGACUGACAGUGGGAGAAUAGAAUUUUUAUGCACUUCCCAUUGGUGUUUUCCAUUUCAGCUGAUUGUUGCAAGCAUCAUUUGGGUUCGUUCGGUUUCUUAUGUUCGUUCGAUAAGAAUCAAAGAAUCGGUUUUCGUAUCUGCCGAAUGACAUUACUCGUAUAUACGAGAUUCAGAUUUAUUUUAGUUGAUUUUGCAGGUUGGUUUGAUUAUUAAUUUUUUUAAGCUUUUUAGUUAAACUGGGAGAAAGUACAUGUUUGGCUGAAUAUUAAAUCAAAGCAUUUUGUUUGGCUGGAUAUUUUUUUUUUGCUGAGCAAGUUUGUAAUUAUUUUUCAACAUAAAGAGGGUCUAGUUUUGUAUCCAUUGUUUCUUAAUACUUGGAGACAAAAUUAUUUGAUAAUUUUGUAUCCAUUGUUUCUAAAAGAUGCUUAGAACCAGCGGCGGAUCAAAUUUCCCAAUGCCUCCUCAUUUU